AUGGUUGACCAGCUACUUCGACACAUGCAAGAUGGAAGGGUUAAGCCACUAAUAGUUGUGGUCCAGUAUUUUAAGGCAAUGAGAUGGAAUGGCAAGAAAUCUGUCCAAAGCUAUUUUGAAAUGUCACAGUUGCACAUAGAGCCCGACCUUAAAGAUGUUUUUUUGAACUUAGGAGCAGUUGAUGAUCCUUUUGAACUAAUAUGUAGGCUUCUUGGCGGUGAACCAUCAUCCUCUGUGAGGAUUAGUCAAGAAGGUCCAGCUUGGAUUGCUGCAACCAUUGUUGCGAUUAAUGUUACGAAGGAUGAUUGGUUCUACAAAUCAUUUAGAAAAUGUUCAAAAAAAGUAGAAACUCCUAUUGGAAACAGAUAUGAAUGUGGGAAAUGUAGCCAUACACAUGGAUCUGCAGCCCUAAGGUUCAACGUCGAGGUGAUGGUUUUUGACAGAACCAGUAGCAUCCGCUUGCUACUGUGGGACAAGGAAACAAGUAUGUUCUGUGGGAAGAGAGCUGAACAGAUUAUGGAGGACCAUGUUAUAGUGGGAGAUGAAUAUCCCAAAACACUUGAUAACAUGAUGGACAAAAGAGUCAUUUUCAAGAUAAAUAUCAAGGAAGCUAACAUUAAUCAGUUUGAUCAUAUGUAUGAAAAUUGGUGCAACAACUAUUUGGAAAUUUCAGGAAAUAUGGCUAAUCUUAAAACUGAUUGUGAUACUGAGUCUUCUACGGAUGUCAUGGAAGAGUGCAUCUCAUCCCUCAAGUACCAAACACCAUCUAAAAGAAUUACCAAUGUAUUGAAGAAUUCUUCCCUAGGUCUGGAUGAACAUGAGGAAGAAGGCCAGCUGUCAACCAACAUGUUUAGCAGGCAGAUGAGAAAGAGACAGAAAUGUGUUAACCUUGAUGCAGAUAUAUGA